AUGGCUACCGCGUCUACUGGACUACGUUGCCACAACUACUGCGUCUCCAAGGUCGUUCCGGAGAAUGCACAGAGUUUGUUCGUGCAGGUAGAGCAUUGCUCGUCGCAUCCGUUUGAAAGCUUCCUUGUAUCUCCACUCGGACGGAAGUUCAACAGGGUGUUUGUAGACGAAUUCCACGACAUCAUGAACUGUCAUCCAGGACGAGUUGUUCCAUGGAAAAAUCUCGCGCAGCAAUUCGGAAAGACGCUAAUCAGGAUUGUGCUUAUGACAGGGACGGGACCACCGCACCGUAUCGCAAAUUUCAUCAAACCAUUUGGAUUGCAUCUUGGCAUCGUCACGCAAGUUCGGUCGGAUACAAAUCGUCCAGAGAUCGGGAUGCAUGUCAUACAAAUACAGCCUAUCGCGGCCAUGCAGUCUCUGGGACACCUCGUCUCCGCUCUAUGCAAACUACUUGCUGAGGAGGAACGUAUUCUGGUUUUCUGCGGCUCCCAGGGGGACGCACAAGCAUUCGCAGUGAAGGCCAAUUGUGCGGUUUAUCAUAGCGAUCUCUGGGAGGCUGGAAAUAGCAGAGCAUCUAACCUUUCUCGGGUAUUGGACAGGCCUCACGUCCGAUAUGUUGUGAUCUUUAAACCUUCGUACGGCCUUCUCGUCAACAACCAGAUGCUCGGUCGUGCAGGCAGAGACGGAAAGGAGUCUCACGUAUUUUUCCUUACUGACAGACGAGCGAAGACAUACAGAGGACCACCGACUGAUCAAUGUAUCGGAGAGUUGGACGAUCUAGUACACGGGAUCCAUUGCGACGUUUGUGAUCCGAACAGCGUCAUGCAGCGAUUGUCCAUUCAGGCAAUAGCAAACCCAUUCAGGCCACCCGAGGCAUCCGAGCAUGCAGUCACCCCAGUUUUUGCAAGUGGAUCUAUGCUUCAAGCACCCACGCAUGCUCCUCCGCCCUUAUCUACUGGAUUUGUGCCAGUGUCGUCGCUUCUUUCGAUGAAUAUGAUUUCCCACACGAUCACCCCACAGCCUUCUCAGUCGAGCGAUGCUUUGUACGACGCGGGUGCAUUAGAGCUCACUUCAUUUCAGGCUUUGAUGCUCGACUCCAUGGAGGAAAUCCAUGGUAAGGGUAAUGGUGAAUCUUCAGACAAGUCAUAUACGACCAAAUCGCAGCCAUCUCUAGGAAGGGCCGUCCAUAUCGAGACUCCAUCGACCUCAUCGCUUCCCAGUGUGUCUCGUACAUUCGUAUCACGAGCGAGCGCAGUAAACACCUCACUUCAUAACCGUCUCUCCAGCACUGCCCGCCUGGACAAGUACAUGAAGGUCUUAAAGGACAAGUGUCCGUCACAUUUUGGUAAUGGCGGUUGUCUUGUCCCAGCAGCCAAUCACAGGUGCACCAUGGACACCGUUCUUUCGAUGGAUUUGUAUGGAGCUUUCAAAUUGAGCUUCUCAUUCGAACGCUACACUUAUUGUUUUCAAUGCUGCCUUCCCCAAUCGCGAAACAGAAACGGGGAGGAACCAGCAUGCCAUGCAGGCUUUUCGUACCGUAAAGGUGAAAAAUGUCCAUUCGCUGGGUUCAUUUUCAAGGCGGUAUUUUGCAUGUGGCACAACCCAGGAUUUCGACAGUUAAUGAUAAACGAGAUCGGCGAAGGAGCAUCUUUGGCGAGCUAUGAGGACUUCGUGGCAUGGAUUGUGAAAGAUUCCACGGAUGCAGGAAGGUACAAUAAUUUGGUAGAAGCAUUUCUCUGGUUUUGCAGCGGUCUUGAGAAGGUCAAUCCCAAGUUUUUUGAUUGA